AAGAGGAGCCAUUGAACCUUCUUCUUUAUAUUUAUUAUUUACUCAUUUCUCAUCAUUCUUAUGCCUCAUCACACCAAACCACGUAAUCCUCUGUGUAAUCUCAGGGACAUGGGCAUGAUCACUGCACCCAAAUAUACAAACUUUCUUCUCCUUCUCUUCUUUCUCUGUUUUCAUGCCUCGUUCUCUCAUGCUGUCAAUUCCCUGACAGGAGAGCAAGAAAUCAGAGACAACAAUGGUGAUGACAACUUGGUGUCAGAAGACCUCAGCUUUCAAAUGGGUUUCUUCGGUUUUGAUAACUCUUCAAGGUACGUUGGGAUUUGGUACCGCAAGUUUCCUAGUCCGGCUACGGCAUUCAUAUGGGUAGCAAAUAGAGAGAAACCCAUCAUGGGAAGAGGAGGUUCGAUCAAAAUCAAAGGUGACGGAAACUUGGUUGUUUUCGAUGGAGAGAACAACGAGGUGUGGUCAACUAACAAGUCUAUAUCGACUAGAAACACAACAGCUGUUCUUGGUGAUGACGGGAACCUUGUUCUUUCAGAAGAAUCAGAACAUGAGAAAAAGGUGUGGCAAAGCUUUGAGAAUCCAACUGAUACCUUCGUGCCGGGUAUGUCUCUACCAAUUAAUGCUGGAACGAGUAUGUUCAGGUCGUGGAAAUCAGCAACGGAUCCUUCACCGGGAAACUACUCAAUGGGGGUUGACUCUGGGGGAUCAACCAUACAGAUUUUGAUUUUGGAAGGGGAAAAAAGGAGGUGGAGAACUGGGUACUGGGAUGGUAGAGUAUUCACUGGUGUCUCUAAUAUGACAGGAAGCUCUCUUUUUGGUUUUAAACUUAAUGGGAAUCAUUUUACAUAUACAUGGAAUGAAACUGAAAAGGUGAGGUUUCAGAUAACCUGGGAUGGGUUUGAAAAGAAGUUUAUAUCGAAUGAAGAUGAGACACAAUGGAAUAAUACACAACACGAGCCUUAUAAUAAUUGUGAGCAUUAUAAUUUUUGUGGCAAUUUUGCAGUGUGUGAUAUCUCUAAGGCAUCUGUUUGUAGUUGCUUGCACGGGUUUCAACAAGGGGAAUUGAGUGAGUGGAAUGAUGGAAAUUCAGGGGGUUGUAAGAGGAGGACUCCACUGAAGGCUGAGAGAAAUAGUUCUGGAACUGAGGUUACUGUUGGUGAUGAUGGUUUCUCCGUUAAAAGAUGUACAAAGUUGCCAGAUUUUGCACGUCUGGAGAGUCCUUCUAACGAUGAGGAAUGCAAGCGGUUUUGUCUGCAGAAUAGUUCUUGUACUGCGUAUUCAUAUACAAUUGGAAUUGGGUGCAUGAUUUGGUAUGUGGACUUGGUCGAUGUUCAACACACUGAAAAUGAUAUUGGAAGUGUACUCAACAUCCGUCUUGCUGAUUCUGAGUUAGAAGCAAACGAUGGAGAGAAAAAGUCCAAAACAUGGAUAAUAAUAAUAAUAAUAACUGUUGUGGUGGGGCUCAUCUGCCUUGGGAUCUCUGUAUUGCUGGUAUGGAGGUUUAAGAGAAAACGUGAAGCUUCCCCGGCUUCGGCUAACAACAUUGGUGAGUUUUCGAUCAUUGAUCCAACGAGGAGUACAGAUUUAUCGACAGAAUUUUCAGGAUCAACUGACUUAGGUUUGGAAGGGAAUAAGGCAGAGCUUCCAUUCUUCACUUUGAGCUUCCUUGCAGCAGCAACAGACAAUUUCUCCGAAAAAAAUAAGCUGGGACAAGGGGGAUUUGGUCCUGUAUACAAGGGGAAGCUUCCAGGAGGAGAGGAAAUAGCUGUUAAGAGGCUUUCAAGAAAGUCUAGUCAAGGAUUAGAGGAGUUCAAGAAUGAAAUGAUGCUAAUAGCCAAACUACAACAUAGAAAUCUGGUUAGACUGCUUGGAUGUUCAAUUCAAGGAGAAGAAAAAAUGCUGGUAUACGAGUACUUGCCAAACAAAAGCUUGGACUGUUUUUUAUUUGAUCCAGUGAAGAAAACACAACUAGACUGGACAAAGCGCUUUGAAAUAAUUGAAGGCAUUGCAAGAGGGCUACUUUACCUGCACCAGGAUUCAAGACUACGAAUAAUUCAUCGGGAUCUUAAAGCAAGCAACAUUUUAUUAGAUGAAAGCAUGCAUCCAAAAAUUUCAGACUUUGGCUUAGCCAGAAUAUUUGGAGGAAACCAAAAUGAAGCAAGCACAAACAGAGUGGUUGGUACAUAUGGCUAUAUGUCGCCGGAAUAUGCAAUGGAAGGUCUCUUUUCAGUUAAAUCUGACGUCUAUAGUUUUGGUGUACUGCUACUAGAGAUUAUGAGUGGCCGCAGGAACACUAGCUUUCGCAACACAGAAGAUUCAAGUCUCAUAGGAUAUGCCUGGCACAUGUGGAGUGAGCAGAGAGUAAUGGAACUUCUUGAUUCUUCCAUUGGUGAUUCAACUCCAAAGAGUAAAGCAUUGAGAUUCAUACACAUAGCAAUGUUAUGUGUGCAAGACUCAGCAUCUCGCAGACCAAACAUGGCCUCUGUAUUGUUAAUGCUGGCAAGUGAAGACACAACUCUUCCUCUGCCUAAACAACCUUUGGUCACUGCUUCCAUGAGGAAAUUUGAUGAUGGAGAUCAAUCUUAUAGCGAAGGCCUUGACGUGUCAAACGAUUUGACAGUUACAAUGGUGACAGGGAGAUAGAAGUGUUUAUGCUUUUUCCUUCAGUUUUGUUUAGACUCUUAUCAUCCUAUUAAAGUACAAAGCAUUUUGUUUAGUCCUUUGUAUAUAUAAUUUAUAAACCAACAAAUCUUUUUAGACUCAGAAAAAGUGCCUUGAUUCCUGGUCAAUGAAUGAAGUAUUCUAGGUUGAUGGCUCUCGUAUGGAGAGAUCAUAGCACACCAUCAUGCAUGCAAGUUGUAUAUUUGUUUUUAGCAUUUACAUUGAUUUGUUUUUUUACACGUAGUUUUGA